UCAAGUCAUUGCGUUGGGUGUCUCCCAAGAGUCUUCUUUGUUUCGGUUUGAAGAUGGAGUCUCUUUUGAUAGAUCUCAAGACGCAAUUAACUUGCUCGAUCUGUCUCGACACUUACACCGAACCUAAAACUAUUUCGUGUCUUCACACAUUUUGCUGUGAGUGUUUAGAGAGACAUGCAAGAGUGAGCCAGAGACAAAGAAAAUAUCGAUGCCCCGAGUGUCAAGCAGAAAUCGAUUUACCAGAAGGAAAUCGCUUCGACCGUUUGCCCAACAGUUUUUUCCACAAAAGUUUGUUGAGUCUUCUCGCAGUUCGAAAGAGUGGCGAGGAAGGUAAUAUUACUUGUUAUCAAUGUAGUACAACCAGCCGCCGAAUGUUCUAUUGCUUCGAUUGCGGACGAUUCAUGUGCCCUAAUUGUUUCAACGCACAUGAAGUACUCAAAAGGUCUUUUCAAGGGCAUAAAGUCACGCCAAUCGAAGACUUUAAAGCAGAAGAUUACGAAGCACUGCUGAAGCAACAGCCAUUUUGUACACAACAGUUCCACGGAAGAGAAAAAGCAAGAUUUUUUUGCUCACAGUGUCAAGUUUGCAUUUGUCCAAUUUGCAUAGUCACGGAUCAUCAAAACCACAACGCCGUUUUGCUCGACAAAGCAGCUCACGAAGAAAAACAAAACAUCACUUCUGGCGUUGAAAUGAUCGAAAAAAAAGAAACUGAGCUUCGUGGAGUCAUUAAGCAGUUCGAAGAAACGAUUUCUGAGCUUGAAACCAAUGUUGCAACAGCCAAGCGAGAAGUCUCGCAAGCAGCCAAACAAAUGAUCACAGACAUUCGACAGCGCGAGCGAGAAGUGAUUGUAUCCCUGGAAACAACACGCGUGUCGAGACUCGAGAGGAUAUACGUGGUUAAACAGGAAGUGGAAUCCCUGGUAAAACAAAUAGGCCAAGCAGCUAAGUUUGCGGCGAAUCUGGUAUAUAGAGGCUCAAGCUCAGAUAUCAUGCGGAACAAGGACACUUUGAAGCAGAAGUUUCAAGAGCUUCGUGGAGUUGAAGCUCAAAGUCAUCACCAGACUGCAUUCGUUACAUUUUUCCCGAAUUCUCGACAGGACCUGACACUUGGUGUUAUCAAGAUCAUCCCGACAGUUGCCAAUCAAUCAAAACUUGAAGGACUGGAUAAAAUUUUUCAAGCUGGUGUAGAGGCAGAAUUGACAUUGUGCCCCAAGACAGCAGGAGGAGAGAUGAUUAAACAAAAAGAUCAAGUUGAAUUUCUGAUAGAACCUGCUGAGGAUGUAACGAACGUGACCAUACAAGAAAAAGAAGACGGCAAUCUUAGGCUGAGGUUUACACCUAAAGUGCCUGGCGCCUACAGCAUUGAAGUGAAGAUAAAUGGCGAAACACUUUCGAACUUUCCGUUCCCCUUACAGGUGGAAGAACGAGAACUUGUUGUUGUCGGUAAAUUAGACUUGAAGCUCAACCAAGGACAGGAGUUCAAGGAACCAAAUGGAAUUGCUGUAAAUAGGCAAGGUGACAUAGCUGUUGUAGAUCAUCUCGGACACUGUGUUUAUGUAUUCAGUAAAGAAGGGGAUUGUUUAAGACAAAUUGGAAAAGAAGGAAAAGAUUCUGGACAAUUCAAAAAGCCAACUGGAGUGUCAUUUUUAAAUGACAACGAAAUUCUUAUAGUAGAUCAAUUAAAUAAUAGAAUACAACAAAUAGAUAUCCGCACAGGUUAUGUUUUGAAAAUCUUUGGACAAAAAGGUGAGGAAAAAGGACACUUUUGGUGUCCACUUAGUAUUUGUCUUAACGACGAAGAACGUAUCGUUGUCACUGACUGCAAAAAUCAAAGAGUUCAAGUAAUGUCAAAAGAGGGUGAAACUAUUUUCACAAUAGGAGACAGAGGUCCCGAGAGACUCAGCAAACCACACGGUUGCAUUGCUUACAAAAGCAUUUUCUUGGUUACUGAAAGAGACACUCAAAGCAUACAAGCAUUUGAUUCGUCGGGAACUUUGUUGUACAAGUUUGGCGAAAAUGGAAAUCAAAACGGACAGUUCAACACACUAAGCGGCAUGUGUUUAGACAGCUCAAAUAAUCUUCUUGUAUGUGACCUUAACAAUAACAGAGUUCAGCAAUUUUCCUUAGACGGUCGCUUCACAGGCAAAACUGUCGUUCCUCUACAAGGUCCAAUUCGAAUUGUUACAGCACCAGAUGGUCGUAUACUAGUCUCUUGCAUGACAGCUAGGAAAAUAUACAUACUGAAGUAAAUGUGAUGUUUUCUACGAAUGAUUCAAUUCAGAAAAUGAAUUGAUUUUUUUUUUCAAAGCAAAAACUUCGUCACAUGUGGCAAAACCCCCUGUACAAAUCCUUCUUAUAUAUAUAAUUGAAUCACAAAUUUCUUGACCCAGUGAGGUU